AUGGGUAAGGAACAUGUCAUUGAAGAUGCAUACAUGACUGAUGAGCUAGACAGUGGUGAUGAUGAUGACAGUUGUGAUGAAAGGCCUUGUGUAAUCAAGUUUAAUCAAGAAGAAUCUUUAAGCAAGGAUUUUGUUUUCAAGGUGGGAAUGGAGUUUUCUUCUUUGUGCAGUAGAGUUUUAACGUCCACCAUAUUUAGGAUUAAAACUUUGUUUGCAAAGCACAAAUAUGGAAGACAAUUCUUCAACAAAAGUGAUAAAGCAGAGUGGGUGGCCAAGGUCAUUGUUGAUGGAUUAAAAAAUAACUCAAGGAUCAGAUUAAAGUGA